AUGUAUCAGGUCAUCUUGCCAUUGCUGAUCGGAGGAGGUGUUGUCUUCCUGUAUGGCUUAGUUUCACUACUACGCAUCGGGAGACGACCCAAAGAUCUUCCCCCGGGUCCGCCAACCGUCCCUAUCCUUGGAAACCUUCAUCUUAUGCCAAGAGACAAACCUCAUCUCCAAUUCCAGAAAUGGGCAGAAGAAUAUUGUCCUAUCUACUCGUUGAUUCUGGGAACGAAAACCUAUAUUGUCUUAUCGUCACCAACGACAGUCAAAGAGAUACUCGACAAAAAAAGUGCCAUAUAUUCGUCUAGACCAGAUAUGUUCCUUGGUCAAGAAGUUGUGAGCGAUGAUCAGAGAUUCGUGACUAUGAAAUACGGCCCAAUGUGGCGGUCCAUCCAUAAGAUGAUGCACAACUCUUUAAACAUCACAACUGCCGUGGCUUAUAUCCCAUAUCAAGACCUGGAGAAUAAGGAUAUGAUGGUCGGAUUUCUUGAUGAUCCCGAUGCUUUCAUGCACCACGUGAGACGGUAUACCAAUUCCCUUACUACACAGAUGGUUUUUGGGUUUAGGACAAUUGCGAAGGACGACCCCCGACUACUGCGAUUCUUCGAAAAUUUUGAAGAAUGGGCUAAGAUUGUUGGAGCCGGCAGUGCUCUGGCUCUGGAUCUGUUCCCUGUCCUUCGAGGCGUACGAAAUUUCCUUCCAUCAUAUAGAGAGGCGAAGAACCUCAAUAUGAAGGAGAGUGCUUUGUACAUGGAACAUUGGACUGCUACCAAAGCUAGGAUAUACGACGGAACUGCCCUUCCUUGUUUUAGUUUCGAUGUUCUGAAAGCACAGAAAGCAGAAGGCUUCUCAGACACACAAGCUGCAUACAUCACUGGGUCGCUACUUGAGGGAGGCUCCGACACCACUUCGGGCAUAUUAGUAGGUUUUAUUCAGGCAAUGAUGAUGUUCCCCGAAGUUCAGAAGACAGCCCAAGCACACAUCGAUCGAGUUGUUGGUCCAGACCGGCUCCCAACUCUGGAUGAUGCUAAAGACUUGCAAUACAUUCGAGCUUGCGUUAAGGAAAGUAUCCGGUGGAUGCCGACCGUACUUCUUGGUGUCCCACACUCCAACCUCCAGGAAGACUUCUAUGAGGGGUACAGAAUCCCCGAGGGUUCGACUAUCAUCAACAAUGUCUGGACCAUUAACAUGGACCCGAAACGCAACCCUAACCCCCGCACCUUCGAUCCUACUCGCUUUGAAAACGACUUUCAGAGCGAACACGAAUCCGCAACGAACAAAGAUCCCGAUCAGCGCCAGAACUGGAUUUUCGGAACUGGUCGACGUCUUUGCCAGGGUAUGCAUAUUGCUGAGCGAUCGCUCUUUAUGGGCAUGGCCCGAAUGCUUUGGGCAUUCAACUUUGAUAGGGCUCUAGAUGAGCAUGGAGCUCCCAUUCCCGUUGACAUCAACGAUUUGGUUGGUGGGGUGACGGUACAGCCUGCGGACUUUAAGGUCAAGAUCACUCCUAGGUCACAGGAGAAGGCGGAUAUUAUCAGGAAGGCGUGGAAGGAGUGUGAGGACACACUGCUGGACCCAGUGACAAAGCAGUGGAUUAAGGUGCCACCGGGUAUGAAAUUUGCCACUUCUGUGCAAAAGGACCUGGGGCUCUAGAUGUGUGAUGGAGAUGGAUAUUCACGACUCGUCAUCCGGCCUUUCUGGGGGGUUUCUCUUUUUCGUCUUGUGUGAGCUUCAAUCAAACAGUAUUUUAGCCUUGAGAGGUUGUUAUCAGCUAGGUAUGUCUUGAUGAGAAUGAUAUAUGAAGUGUUCUGCAUGGACCACGGUCAUGUAC